ACAUACACAUAGUUUUAUAUAUAACCUCAUCACUUUCUCCAUUUUAUUUGAAAUCAGUUAUAUUAAUUAAGAUGGAGAAGGUGAUGAGGUUGGCUACAGAAAAGGGAGUGGUGAUUUUCACAAAGAGCUCUUGUUGCAUGUGUUAUGCAGUGAACAUUUUGUUUCAAGACAUUGGAGUGUAUCCUGUGAUUCAUGAAAUUGACAAAGACCCUGAAGGGAAGGAAAUGGAGAAAGCUAUAACAAAGUUGGGUUGUAAUGCGCCUGUUCCUGCAGUGUUCAUAGGAGGAAAGCUUGUGGGUUCUACCAAUGAAGUUAUGUCCCUUCACCUAAGGGGUUCACUCAUUCCACUUCUCAGGCCAUAUCGAUUUUAACUUACUUUCAUUAGCUUGAUGGUUAAGAACAAGUGCAGAUUACACGUUGUUCCUGCAGUUACUUGAAGAAUAAACUGCAAGCCGGCUUAAACUAAUCAAUACAUCACUAGUACUAGCUUGUAGUAACUAAGAUCCUUAUUCAUUAUUGUAGUAUGUUCAUUUUUAUUUUGAUAUAUAUAUGCGCAU